UUCUGUCAAGUAUCAGGUUAAAUAAAAAACUUUUAACGAAGACAAGUUCAUUAAAGAAGAAUAAGAGCAAUUGUAUUGUAAUAUCAAAUGUAAUAAAAAAAGAGAUAAAUUAAAAGAAGUUAACAAUAUUUUUGAGAAUUCAGCAGUGGAAGCAAACGAUUUUAUUACUUUAGAAGUUAUUUCUAUAUAGAAGUUACUAAUCAACACAUAAUGUUCUCUCAGAAAUCAUCAUCUGAUUGUCAUUUGUUUCAAGAAUUAAGAACGCCUUCACAGACAGUUUAUACUCAUGAUCAAAAUAUUCAAUAUCCACAUCAUCUUGGUUGUAAUCACUAUCCAAGUCAUCAUUAUUUUGUGAAACAUCAACCAAAUUCUAUGUAUAUACCUCCUAUAAGUUAUCAAAAAACCUGGAGUUCGAAUCAAGUUCCUUUAUUCGUCAACAACUGCAGUACAGUUCAAUCGAGUUUCCCUUGUCGUAGUCUAUUAGUGAAAACUAUGGAUAAUAAAUAUUUAAGACUGCCAAUUACUUCUUGUAAUGUGCCGGAUAUCCAUUAUUUUAAUCAUUAUCAGAAUCAAGAAUCAUCUAAAAAAGAAAAAAAUCUGUUUAAUAAAUAUGACUUAUCAAGUAAUAUUUCACAAAAGAUUAUUGAAGUGCCGGGAGUAUUAAAUGAUGUUGAAUAUAAAAAUUUUUUAAAGAAAGAAGAAUUAAAUUUAAAAGAACACAUUGAUUAUUCGCUUGAAAAGAAAAAAAUUGAAUCUGAUGAAAAGAGAAACUUCCCAACUUUUCUACCAUUUGCGGAUAAUAUUCUUGAAACAUUAACAGUCAAUAAAAGUUUAAAAGUUUGUAUAGAAAAUUUGCUAAAUCGAUUAAAACAAGAUGUGUCUGUACAAAAACCAACUGAUAAAACUCCAAGUAUGAGUAUACAUAUUGAAACAGAAAAACUCCCCUAUUCUCAUUAUCAAAGAUCAAUUAAUUCACCUUUCACACAAAAAAAAAAUAAUCUUCAAAAUGAAUUGAAAACUACAAACAGUAGCUCAAUACAUCAAACUAAUUCAAUAAAUGAAUUAACUGCUUAUAAACAACAAUACUAUGAUGCAUUACUACAUAUUCAACGUGCAAAAAUGGCUGUAGCAAAUUCUUUGGCGCUUUCAUCUGGUCAAAGUUAUGGAGAUUUCGAUUCAUUUUAUACGAAUUAUGGACAACAAUUUCAUUGGACUACUCAACAGCUUGAAGCAAAAACAAUGAAUAAAUCUACAAAUUGUCAAAAAUUGUUUCAUUCACAAUAUUCCAAUGCUAAUGAUCCUUGUAUUAGAGCAGCAGACUGGAAUUCUUACCCUUCUUCUAAAAUACAACAAGAGUUUCCAUACAUUCAUGCUUUACCUAUGUAUAGAUCACGUUACGUAUAUAACUAUCCAAAUGAUACUCCUCAAUAUUGUGAUUUAUCAUCUAAAAGUAAAACAAAUGCUAAACGACGAAAGCUAUAUAAUACUACUGUCGAAUUGACGAAAGGUGAUACAAAUAGCAUGCAUUACUAAAAAAAUAUUUUACAGAAUUGUAUUUUUAUAAGUUGUUAUUUUUGAAUAUUCAUCAAAAAAGU